CCUGCUGUAGAGGCUUUUCUUUCCCCCUUCUUCUCUACAUCUCUCAUCCAAAGAAACAUUCAUAGUCGAGCCAGCUUCAUCACUGACAUCACACACACCAUGGCCGAUCACACCUCCGCCGCAGCUUCUAUGGAGCUCAAGGAGAACACCGUCAUCGUUGUUCUCGGUGCUUCCGGAGAUUUGGCAAAGAAGAAGACUUACCCUGCUCUGUUCGGUCUGUACCGAAACCAGUUCCUCCCCAAGGACAUUAAGAUUGUCGGAUAUGCGCGGACAAAGAUGGACCACGAUGACUACAUCCGCCGCAUCAGAUCCUACAUGAAGACACCCACAAAGGAGAUUGAGCAGCAGCUCAACGACUUCUGCAACCUCUGCACCUACGUCUCUGGCCAGUACGACAAGGACGAGUCAUUCCAGAACCUGACCCGGCACCUCGAGGAGCUCGAGCAGGGCAAGCCUGAGACUCACCGUCUCUUCUACAUGGCACUUCCCCCCAGUGUCUUCACCAUUGUCUCCCAGCAUCUCAAGAGAUGCUGCUACCCCACCAAGGGAAUUGCGCGCGUUGUCAUUGAGAAGCCCUUUGGUAAGGAUCUUGCCAGCUCCCGGGAGCUUCAAAAGUCCCUCGAGCCCGACUGGAAGGAGGAUGAGCUCUACCGCAUUGACCACUACCUCGGCAAGGAGAUGGUCAAGAACAUCCUUAUCCUUCGCUUUGGUAACUCCUUCUUCGGCUCCACCUGGAACAGGCAGAACAUCGACAACGUUCAGAUUACCUUCAAGGAGCCCUUUGGCACCGAAGGCCGUGGCGGUUACUUUGACGAGUUCGGUAUCAUUCGCGAUGUUCAGCAGAAUCACUUGCUUCAGGUCCUCACCCUGCUCGCCAUGGAGCGCCCCAUUUCCUUCGCCUCGGAGGACAUUCGUGACGAGAAGGUGCGCGUUCUCCGCGCCAUGCCCGCCAUCGAGCCCAAGAACGUCAUCAUCGGACAAUACGGCAAGUCACUGGACGGCAGCAAGCCAUCGUACAAGGAAGACGAUACUGUCCCCAAGGACUCGAGGUGUCCCACUUUUUGCGCCCUUGUCGCAUACAUCAAGAACGAGCGCUGGGAUGGCGUUCCGUUCAUCAUGAAGGCCGGCAAGGCCCUCAACGAACAAAAGACUGAGAUUCGUAUCCAGUUCAAGGACGUUACCUCGGGUAUCUUUAAGGACAUUCCCCGCAACGAGCUUGUCAUGCGCAUUCAGCCCAACGAGAGUGUCUACGUGAAGAUGAACUCCAAGCUGCCCGGUCUCAGCAUGCAGACUGUCGUCACCGAGCUUGACUUGACCUAUCGCCGCCGCUUCUCUGACCUCAAGAUCCCCGAGGCUUAUGAGUCAUUGAUUUUGGACUGCCUGAAGGGCGACCACUCCAACUUUGUCCGUGACGACGAGCUGGACGCCAGCUGGAGAAUCUUCACCCCUCUGCUACACUACCUGGACGACAACAAGGAGAUCAUCCCCAUGGAAUACCCUUAUGGUUCUCGUGGCCCCGCUGUCCUUGACGACUUCACCUCCUCCUAUGGCUACAAGUUCAGUGAUGCGGCUGGAUACCAGUGGCCUACUACCUCUGCUCAGGCUGCCCCGAACAAGUUGUGA